GCCUCUAACCCUCCCUCACAUUCUCUCUCCCGGACCAUUAGGUUCAAACAUCCGACCUCUGCUGCCCUUGAGCCGCAGUUUAGUCUCACCUGAGGAGAUGAAGAGUCCGCAGAAGCUCCGAGGAUCUCCGCUGCUGAUGCGGCUCCCGCCGCUGCAUCUGCGGCUGUUGAUGCUGUUGGUUGCACUUUGCGCUGAAGGCUACAGGCCCGUGGUCAUCGUGCACGGGCUUUUUGAUGGACCCAAGCAGUUUCAAACUCUGUCUGUCUACAUCAACAAGGUGCACCCAGGUACCGAGGUGCGAGUGAUUGACUUGUACAACAACAUGUCCAGUCUGAAGCCCAUGUGGAGGCAGGUCACAGACUUCAGGAAAGCCAUCGACUCCAUCAUGAGGAACGCUCCAGAUGGCAUCCAUCUUAUCUGCUUUUCACAAGGCGGUCUGAUUUGCAGAGCACUUCUCUCCACAACCCCGAACCACAAUGUGCAUGCCUUCAUUUCACUGUCCUCACCACAGGCUGGACAAUAUGGAGACACAGACUACCUGAAGUGGGUGUUUCCUAAACAUUUAAAGAAGACAGUGUUUACAUUUUGCUACAGGCAAUUUGGACAGAAAGUGUCUGUUUGUGAAUACUGGAACGACCCUCACCAUAGGUUCCAGUACCUGCAGAACAACAAUUUUCUGUCAAUGCUUAAUGGAGACAUACGUCAUAGUAACAUUAAAGCAUGGAGGGAAAACUUCCUUCGCAUCAAAAAGCUUGUCCUGGUUGGUGGACCAGAUGAUGGUGUCAUCACUCCUUGGCAGUCCAGCCACUUUGGAUUUUAUGACAGCAAUGAAAAUGUAAUCGAAAUGAGGGAUCAGGAGUUUUAUAGGAAAGACACGUUUGGGCUGAAGACGCUGGACGCUCGUGGGGACGUGUGGACGUGCACUCAGCCUGAAGUCAAGCAUGUUCAAUGGCACUCCAACUACACAGUGUUCAUGAGAUGCAUAGAGAAGUGGCUCACAUGAAAAGACGUCACCUACACAGUGUCAGAGAUGUUCAACAGAAUUAUUUUGGGGCCACAUGAGAAACAUCAGAUAUUGUUACGUCCUGUGGUAAAUUGGGCAGCAUGCAAACACAAUAAAGAACAUGAAGGAAAA